AUGUCCGACUUUCACGACAACUCAGGCGGCGUGAUCCUGGAUGGCCCAUUCGAUCCAGACGCGCAAGCCACCGUCACAGAUUAUAUCGACUACACCGAAUACCUUCCCGCCGACCUCAUUCGUUCCCUCACGCUCAUUCGCGGUCUGGAUGAGAGAUACUUGGAUGCCGCGCAAAGCGUCCAUAAUUCCACCAAGACUUACGGUCAGCUCCCUGAACUCGCCUCAGAUACUCGUCCCGAUGCUCGCACGUUGCGCAAAGACAUCUCCACCCAGAUUGACAGUGCGAUCAACGCUCGCGAGUCCGCCUACGCCGAGGCCUGUCGUCUCUAUGACGUGGUCGAUCGUCACUUUAAUCGAUUAGAUUGCAUUCGACAGAAGCUGAACGCGCUCCCCAAGCCGGCCUCACGCGAACCUACCCCCGCACCCCCUGUCCCCACCGCGACCGCCACAAAACGCGGUCGGUCCUCGAAGAAGGGCGACGAAGGUGCGCCGACCACGACGCGCAUUACCCUUCGAUUAGAUAGCCAUGACAAUGCCCGACGCGGUCCUAAAUCUCGAUCGCGGCGCUCCGCGACCGGACAUCUGGCAGGCCUACAUCGCGAUUCCCCCAUCGCGAGCACUGAGCAUUCCGACGUGGAGGCUGAACCUAAGGCCGUUCCGCCCGAGUCGCCCAUGGAGCUGGGAUUGAGUCCGGCCAAGAAGGAGAAGCAGCGCCGGCGAUCACGGACCUCGGCAGCUACCCAUGAUCCCAACAAUGUCACCGCCAUCUCGACUAGUAAUGCCCUGGCCCUGCUCAAACCGCCUCCGGAGGACGCACAACCUGGUAGCGAGGACAUGCCGUGGCUGCGUCUCACCGAAUGGGAAAUGACCAAACUUCGCAAGAAGAUGAAGAAGAACGCCGUGUGGCAACCCAGCGAAGUCAUGAUUCACCGCGAGCUGGCUCUCCGGGGGCGGGGAUGGGAGGCGUACCGCGCAGCCAAGUCCAAGUCGGACGCGGAAGGGACUGAGUUCGUGGACUGUGACGACAUCAUGAGCACUUACAUCCCUGGCCAGUUGGUCCGACGCACCGAAGGAAUGAAGGAUCCGGAGGGGACCUUCGAGACAAAGCUUAGCAACCGGGGCAUGAAGCUAAACGAGGCCAAGAAGCUCAAGCGCGAGAACCAGGCGCGGGAACAGGCAGCCCUUGCCGCUGCGGAGGCGGAGUUAGCGGCCAAACAGGGAAUUGUCGUCGCCCCCGUCAGCUCUCAGGAUGCUCUCAUCACGGAAAAACCCAGUCGGGCUGCCACCAAGAAGAGGAGCCUCGACGAGAGCUCUUCCUCGGCCGUCGUAUCCUCACCUCCUCCUCCCGCUGCGACUCCUCCGUCUCCUCUGCCGGCCUCGACACCCCAGGAAAGUGAGACACGUGUGGCCCUGCGCAGUUCGGCCAGUAAACGCCGUAGGACCAGCAAGGAAUCUCCCACCCUAGUGGAGACGAGUGUGAGCACAUCCAGCGCUCCGGCCACCACCCUGGCGUCGACUAAUGUGCCCGUAGCCGGUGCCGAUGCAGUUGAUGCGCGAAAGCCAUCCCCCCCUGCUCCACCAUCCCCAACCGGAUCCAAACGUUCCAUCCCCUUGACCAUCACCGCGGCGGCCCCUGCCGUUAAGGAAAGUAGGACCACCACGCCGCCCGUGACGCGGCCUCCCUCUCGACGCCGUUCUGCGGCCGCAUCGGCGGAGCCCGUCCCCAACAUUACUAUCACAUUAGGGGGUCGCGAGCUGCGUCGAAAGAGCGCCACACCUGCCCGCAGAACUCCGAUCCCCGAAAGUGCGAACGGUGCUGCGGCGCCCACUCGACGUCGCAAGCGACCCGCUCCGGGAAUCGUGUCCACCGGGCAAGAUGGUGGCGCUGCAGUCAGUUACGGCCGACGCAAAGCCAAACCCACCAAGAAACGCAUCGGAUCGCGCGAACCUGGCUUGUUAGAGGAUCCCCAACAAGCUCACGAGGGUAUCCGCAUCGACGAGGAUGGCGUGUUGGAGGAAAUCGAUCCCCACGAACCUCGUUAUUGCGUCUGUGGCGACGUGAGCUUCGGAACGAUGAUUUGUUGUGAGAACCAAGAUUGCGACCGAGAAUGGUUCCACCUCAAUUGCGUCGGUCUCUCCGAAGUUCCCAGCCGAACCGCCAAAUGGUAUUGUCCCGACUGUCGGGUGAAGCUCAACAAGGGCACCGACGGAAUUGUGCGCAACAAUCCUCGUCGUUGA